AGGAAUACUAAUCAACCUGUUUGCCGUCAAGUGCAGCAGGCAGCUCGGUGCGCAACUUUUUCAUUCAGCACGCACUAACACGUUUCUGCCAGCGCAUCGUUAAUAAAACGUGUGUGAAAUGUACAUUUCUCUUUGACUGAACCGUGAGCUGACUGUUUCCACUUUAGUCUCCUUGCCUCGUUUUUGUUUUAUUUAUUUUUUUUUUUAUGUGAGACAAGCCGCCUGAAAGAUUGUAUCUAGGAAGAGACAGCUCACUACUAACCCACCUCUAGCGAGGGAAGCCCCCCACGCGUUGCGCGCCUGGAUCACCGGGGGUUUACAUUUAUAUAUUUAUAUUCAGGUUCUCUCACCCGGCGGCGCGUGUGCACGCGCGCGGCGCACUUACACGUGUGUGUUCAAAAAGAAGCCCUCGGACUCCGUCCUCAACAGUUGCCACCAGAAGGAGGGAGAGAGAGAGAGAGACGGCAGACUGAGGACCGGACGGACGCCGCUCUGCCCGGCUCUGCUCCUGACAUGCAGUCGCUCAUUUCUCCGGUGACCAAAGCCAUCCUAGUUGCGCUCUUCAUCUUCGCCAUCCUGCUGAUCCUGUAUGUGAUCCUCUGGUACAUCUGUAGGGACGUGGACUGCGACCACGGAAUUUGAGGAUUCCGUUAAAGCGGGGAAAUAACGGGAAAUCAACAAUGGGGCGCACAGAGGAGCCCAAAGAGUCCUGUCUCAUCCCAAUUGCAAGGAGGCGAGGAUGCACAAACGUCGUAUUGGAAUGUGUCCCACAGGCUUGCGUCGCUUUGCCUGUCUAGAUUGACUGAUUUCUGCUGCUUUUGCACACCCUGCCAAAGAUGUGGGCUGCCCUUCGGUUUCGUCUUGUACCUGCUAUCAAGCUGUACCUGCUUGGGUUUAAGGUCCUGCUGGAGCAGCUACUAAACAAACGUUUAAAACUUCCAGUGAUGCCCAGACAAGAUGGCAAGGUUGCCAUAGUGACAGGAGGAAGCAGGGGAAUCGGCUAUGAGGUGGUCCGGCAUUUGGCCAGACUUGGAGCACAUGUUAUCAUAGGUGGAAGGGAUGAGCAGAGGGGUCUUGCUGCCAUCAAAAGGAUUUGUGAAGAGGACAAGGAGGCCAGAGUGGAGUUUGAGAAAUUGGACCUUGCUUCAUUGCAGUCAAUCCAACAAUUUGCUGUGAGCUUCAAGAAGAGGAACCUGCCACUUAAUAUUUUGGUAAAUAAUGCCGGUGUGAUGCUGGCUCCUGAGGGCCGAACUGAGGAUGGGUUUGAGCAGCACUUUGGUGUGAACUACCUAGGCCACUUUCUGUUGACCUGGCUCCUCCUGGAUGCACUGAAGGAUUCGGGGAAGUCCGGUGACGUCUCCUGCGUGGUCAAUGUUUCGUCGUCAGCUCAUUCCAUCGGGGAAAUCAGACUGAAUGACUUAAACAGCUGCCAACAUUAUUCAGCUCAUGCUGCUUACUGUGGCAGUAAACUGGCCCAGGUGCUGUUCAGUUCCCACCUUCACCAGGAGAUGCAGAGAGAAGGUUUUCCAGUGGUUUCAUGUGCCGUGGAUCCAGGCAUGGUGGAUACGGCUCUAUAUAAGCAUCUCUGCACACCUCUACAUUUGGCACAAAGUCUAAUUGCUCGGAUCCUGUUCAGGACUCCUACAGAGGGCGCUGCCACUGUACUGUCAGCCACUUUGUCACCAGCCCUGGAUGAGGAUUCUGGCGGAGGCUACUGGGCCAACGGGCGAAGGGAGAUGACGACCCCGCCUACAUUUGACCCUCAGCUUCCAUUGAGUUUAUGGGAAAUCAGCCUCCGGUUGCUGGGAUUACAGUAACAUGGGACUCUAAAGAUGAGUAGGAGGACUAAAUCUAUUUGAAAGCAUCACAUAAAGACCUUAAACUUGGGCUUACAUUAUUUCUGACCCUUUUUAAAAUUAUUUUCCAAAUCUCACAUGAAGGUGUUGGUCGCACAGAUAGAACUGUGAUUGGUUGCGUAGGGUUUGGCAAGCUGUUGUUCCAGACCUACUUAUGAAGGGCUAAAGUGAAUAGAAUAUGUCUUUAUAUUAUGUUGUUUCAUUUAUAUUUCUUUCUAAGCAAACAAUAUAUGCAGACAUACAUAAAUUUGUGUCAUCCAGCAGAAUCACUAACCAGAUUUCUGUAAUCAAUAAAUUUGUUCUUGGAUAUCAAUAAUUGGCCAUCUAAAAAUUGCUAAAUCUAUGAGUUACAAAACAAUUUUUUUUCAACCAUCCAAAUAUUUGGGUUAAGUGAUGACGAAAAGGUACGCAUUAGUAAAAACAGACUUGAACUUGGAACAAUUUUCCCUCAGUCUGUGAAUGACUCAACAUUUGAAAAAUAAUUUAUUGCAUAGCCAGGGUUUCCAGGUGUUUCUUUUUCUCCAUCAGUUCAGACACAAAAAAGGAGAAAUCGGUCAUCAGUUUUUGUUUUUUGAUCUGUACUUGUUUUGCAUCGGGGAUAUGUGCGCAGUAUGCACAGAAAAGUCUAAGAUGAACUCUUCUGGACCCAAUAAAUGUUGAUGGGGAACAAAACAAUAAUCGGUUUUGGAGGAAGGGGAAAAGGAGAAAGCACUUUUUACUUUUUUGUUUUUUUCUAGCACACAAACUGUGAUUGGUUCCCCACAGCUGCAGCUAAUGCCACUUUCUUAUUUGGCGCCACACCCAGUGCAUUGUGGGAUGGAAAAAUCUCCACGAUGCGAAUAAAACUAUCUGGUGAGCUGAUACAGACGCUCACUCGGAAAACACUGGAAGCAGCACAUCUAGGCGAAGGCUUAUCCAGCAAACAAACACAGCUGUCUCUCAUGCAGGGCUACACCCUCACACAAGAUGCGCCAUAAUGCCCUCUCCACUGUGAUUAAUGCAUUUUAGCAUUGAAGAUCAAAUGUUUAUCUCAAAUUGACAUUCUUAGGCUAAAUUCUUUGCCAUUUAGAAGUCAGCCUCUUAUCUUUAUUUGCUGUAUAUAAAGCAAUACUAUCACUGUGGUAGCGAAUUUAGCUACUGGCACAGACAUUCAGCGGAGAAGCAGAGAAGUUCCCGAUAUAUGAGUAAUUUGAAAUUUCUCUGUCUACAUGUACAAAGAUGUUUAAUGAAGAGAUUUUUAGUGUUAUGCUUUUUUAUUUUAGAGUAGCUACGUUUAAAGGUUUUGCCUUUUCUUAAGUAGAUGUCUGGAUUCUUUUAGGGAUGCAGCUCACAAGGUCUCCUCCAGAAAACUGUGAGGUCAAACCGAAUCCGUUACUCCUCCCUAAAUGAGAGCGUAGAUAACCUGCUCUGUCCUUUUCCUGUUAAUUUAUUUGGACAGCUAAAGGUAGGUGGAGGACUUCAUUUUACUGGCCUGUUGUUUUUGUAAAAGUCUACCAGAUUUUUUACUUAAACCUGUAGUAUCCUCCUGCAACUUUGUCUGUCAGCAAUUGUCUGCUUUCUACAAAACAAGAUGUCAUAAAAAGGGAGGGUUCAGUUUUAGAUUGGUAGUAAAGAAAUGUUUAAUUGUGAAGAUCAGGACCUCACUGUGAGACACAGAGAGGUCUGUAUAAUUUGUCCAGUGAUUAUAAUAACUGUUAGUAUGCCCUGCUAUCCAGUCAUUUUUUUAAAAUAUAUUGUUUCAGAUCAUGGAGCACCAGGGUUUUCCCUCAACUAAUAGAACAACGGGACUCCCUCAAACACAAAAAUAAGUUGCUGCAAAUUGCUGGUCAGCUGGCUGAAAGAAAACUCUGUUAUAUUUUUUACUUGCUUCCAAGAAAGAUACAUUUGUCACAGAAUAUUUCCGUUAGUUAAAAAAAAAAAAAAAAACACAGUCUUGGUGUGUUUUUCACUUCCUUGGUGCAUACCGAGCGCAUGCAUAGCAUAGCAUGAGACUGAGCUGUUGCUAUCAGAUCAUUUCAUUUAUGCAGGUUUUAUAUUGUUAUAAAUGUACAGUCCAAAAAGGUCAUUAUAUAGGUAACAGUUUGGUGGUGAGUACUGUACAAAGAUGAUUUUUGUUCUCUCAGAUUUAGACAGAAAACCAUUCCUUUUUAAGUCCGUAACCUCUGACCGGUUUUGUCAUUUUUGAAGGCUGACUUUAAUCAAAGACAACAUUUGUCCUGCUUUGAUAUUUGUGAGAAGUUUAAGAGAACAGGCUGUUGCAAAACACUUGAACAGACUUUCAGACCCUUUGCUUUGCUAUGUUUGUCAGGUUUAUUUGUAAAUACAACAAAAUGUUGAGUUAUGACGCUUUUGCAAUUUCUCCAAGUCCACAUAUGAUUUAUUAAUAAUUUGAUUUGGACAUACAAUUGCACCAGAAGUCCAGUAAAUGAGUUAUCUCCACCUUGACCAGUCACAACAGUUUUGUGUCAUUGCUUCAAUUACAUUAGUAAUUCAAUUCUGAAGCAAACAAAUCAUUAGAUGUUUGUUCUUUUUUUCUUUUUGUAGGUUCAUAAUUGUGUGAGGACUGACUACUCAAUGCCAGCAAUAUUUCUCAGUGUUGUCACACAAUACUCGGAAACUGUUCGCCUCAAUGCUUCCUUGUUUGAUUGUGACUCCCUUAGGCUACUGGAGUAAAUAACACACAUAUUCCCACUGAAACAAAUGUGCUUGCUUCCUGUGACACAAAUGGAAAAAACACCAGCUUACAACUCAGCUCUGCUCUUCUAUAGAGUGCAAGGCUACAAAUGUGUGCUACUUCCUGUCAAAGAGCUAUCUAGUCUUUCUCAGUCCAGCUGCUUAACUAGGUGUAUUUAAAUGAGGGAGAAGUGAGACAGAGGGGACCAAGAGAGCUUCAGACUCUUUCAUCUGAGCACAAGGUUAUCCAAAGAGUGAGCGUUUGACAGAGGCACGAACAAGCAAGUGAACUGUCCAAACUUAAACUGCAAAUUUAGAAAAGGAGCUAAAACGGCUCCAGUAAGUAGUUGUCAGUGGUUUCGUCUACGUGGUUAACUUGUAUUUGAUUAUUUAAAGUGCUGGAGGAGCCCAGAGGAGGUGUUUGUAGAUUGAAAACACUUUAAUAGCCAUUCCUUUGACUGACCUGGGAUUACAUUUAUAUUAAAUGUUCUAGUCCCAUGUUUUGCAAAAUCCUAAAUGUGUAUAUGUAUAUGAGGAGCUGAGUAUAAAAGGGGAGCCAGAUGAACUGAGUCCUUACUUUGGGACAAUUAAAGUAUAAGAAAAUAUGUUUGUUUACCCUGUUCACUUAAAGCAUGGAAACCUUAUACUUGUUCUAAGUCCAGGCUUGCAUUUUUGAGACUCAA